AUGGCCGUGGCUAAAAAGCUCUGUUUCAUUGUCAUUCUAUCAAUGUGUUUCCUAAAUGUCGAAUUUUUGCAUGCACAGGAGGACUCUCCAUCACCAGCUACCUCAACAAAACGUGCGGCGGCACCAGCGCAUUCUCCUCUGCCACCAUCUUCUUCUUCUUCUUCUUCACCUGAAUCACAUUCCUCUCCCUCACCAUCACCAAAAACGGUUUCCCUUCCGCCACCAGCUUCAUCACCAGAUUCUCCACAACCAUCUUCCUCACCAUCACCAUCACCAUCACCAGCACCAGAUUCUCCACAACCAUCUUCCUCUCCCUCACCAUCACCAUCACCAUCUUCUUCUUCCUCACCAUCUUCCUCUUCCUCACCAUCACCAUCACCAUCACCAGAUUCUCCACCACCUCCUCUUCCUCAGCAGGAAUCUCCAUCACCAACUCCCUCAUCUCCUGAACCAGCACCUGCUCCUGCUCCAUCAGAAGAUGAUGCAGAUGAUGAUUCAGAGGAGGAGACGGAGUAUUUCCCUUCUCCAACCCCAUCUCCUGCGCCGGAAGAGGAGGGAGAAUCAGAAGACAUCAAAGCAAGCGAGGAUGGUGAAUUCGAGCAAGAUGGAGGGGAAGAUAAAGGGCUGAGUGGAUGGCAGAGAGCAGGGAUCGCCAUAGGAGCGUUACUUGGAGUUGGAGCCAUUGCAAUCGGAGCUCUUAUUUACAAGAAACGACAAGAUAACUUAGCCAGAGCUCGUUACACUUACUUUCACCAAUCAGAGUUUCUUUAA